GUGGGGUGGUAGGAUUCAUGCUCAUUGUGACGGGUGCCUAUCUCUGCUACAAAAAGGAAACUAACAUUUGCGAAAAAAGCCUCAAGGAAAGGUGCAGUUGUGGCAAAAAGCAAGAAGCGAAGGAAGAGACAGAACUAGAACUUACUGUGUUACCAAGUGGCGACCUCGGGAGCGCAAUGAGGCGCGAGGGGACGACCCUCAGUCAGUACGCUGCUUCACAGGCUCUGAACAACGAUCUGACAAAACUAUCGUCCGGUAACUACGAGAAGAAUGAAAACAAAGACUCACAAUCCAUUUCUGAGUCGUCGGCGGAUCGGAGGACUGAAAAUGAAGAUAACUCUGAUGCACAUACACCAACAAAUGAAACUCCGGCAAAUAAAACGAAACCAAAGAGUGCCACAAAGUUUCAGUGGAAAAAGAAGCAAGAGCCGUCCGAAGUAGCCGAGUCGAAAUACAAUUGGAAGAAAAAGAAGGUCGAGGAAAAGUGUUCGCCCUCAACACCAAAGAACCCCUAUAUAUACAUACCAUGAUAAUUACUUUUUAUUACAUGUAUAAUAAAACAUCAUAUGGAUAAUAAUAGACAUUUGAAGAUUCCGUCCUCCUCUUCCAUAUGACUGUGCCUGAUGUCGUCAGAACAGAGUUUAAGGAAAGUGAUGACGAUAUGACCAGUUGCGUGAUAUUCGCUACAGUGAUUUUAUUGGAUCAAAAGUCUGCAUAUAUUUUUAAAUAACUUGUACAGAAAUUUUUUGUAUACAUUUCAAGGAAUUGAA